UGUGAACAUGGCUAUGCCUCACCAUUCCCUUCCAUGCCGAACCCCCAGCUACAGCAUUCAAAGCCCCCACGGAGGUUGAACCGGGCACAGAAACACAGCAGCGGGAGCAGCACCACCAGCACUGCCAACAGAUCUACACACAAUGAGCUGGAAAAGAACCGACGAGCUCAUCUGCGCCUGUGUUUAGAAUGCUUAAAAGUUCUGAUUCCACUAGGACCAGACCGCACCAGGCACACAACACUUGGUUUUCUCAAUAAAGCCAAAGCACACAUCAAGAAACUUGAAGAAGCUGAAAGGAAAAGCCAGCACCAGCUUGAGAACUUGGAAGGAGAACAGAGAUUUUUAAAGCAGCAACUGGUACAGCUGCAGGGUCCUCAAGAGAUGGAAAGAAUACGAAUGGACAGCAUUGGAUCAACUAUUUCUUCAGAUCGUUCUGAUUCAGAGCGAGAGGAGAUUGAAGUGGAUGUUGAAAGCAGUGAGUUCUCCCAUGGAGAAGUGGACAAUGUAAGUACCACUAACAUCAGUGACAUUGAUGACCACAGCAGCCUGCAGAGUAUUGGGAGUGAUGAGGGUUACUCCAGUGCCAGUGUCAAACCUUCGUUCACUUCCUAGAACCCAGCAUGACAUAACAGUGCAGGGCAAAAUAUUCACUGGGCCAAUUCAGUACAAUCUCUUAAAUUGGGUUCAUGAUGCAGUCUCCUCUUUAAAGCUAAACAAAACUAUACUUGAACAAAAGUGUCAUAAGAUCUGUAUUUAAGCAAAUACUUAGCAAAAAGUGGGGUAGAGCCUCCCCAGCAGAACAAAUAUACUCAGAAUAUUCAUAUUGGAAAAAAAAUCACAAUUUCUAAUGACAACGGAAAACUUGUGUGAAAUUAUCUUGAUUUGAUUUAGUUGAUUUCAAAGAGGACACUGGAGAUUCCAUCUUCUUCUUCUAGUUUGCUCAUACAUUGAGUAGACACAUUGAAAGAUGGGGAUUAUGAACCCUUCCUGA